GAGCUAAGUCUUUGGAAACUUGCACAACAAAAUGUCUAACUCCGAGCUCGCCUGCACCUAUGCCGCCCUCAUCCUCGCCGACGAUGACGUCACUGUCACCGGAGAGAAGAUCGCCACCAUCCUUAAGGCUGCUGGAGUCGAUUUCGAGCCCUUCUGGCCUGGACUUUUCGCCAAGGCUCUAGAGUCAGCUGACAUCAAGAAGCUGAUUACCAAUGUUGGAAGUGGUGUUGGAGCUGCCCCUGCUGCUGGUGCCGCUGCUCCUGCUCCCGCUGCCGGUGGAGCUGCACCCGCCGCCGGCAAGAAGGAGGAGAAGAAGGUUGAGGAGGAGGAGGAAGAGGAUGACGACAUGGGAUUCGGACUUUUCGAUUAAACAAUUAGUUGCGGGUUUUCUAUCCACUGCUCGGGUUCAUAGGAAUCCAUCCAUCCUACUCUGUAUUCACUUUAUAUUAAUGUCAAACUAUUAAAGUGAUAAAUUUCAGA